UCGUAUCGUCCCACGCGAUCGUCCAAAACACAAUAUUAGUGAACAUACGCGACGUCUUUUUGUAACUGCGCGUCGUCGACAAAAUAUCAACUCACAUUUAGACACGGUUCGGUCGUCCACAAACGUACGUAUGUCGCGUUAAAUCAGUUGUAAAUGAGUUUUUAAAAUGUAAAAAUCGAACCCUUCGACCGUUUAAGAACCGCCGUAUGCGACUAACGGUGUAGACGAGAAAAAAAUCAAAUCAACAAUCAACAAUUGUAAUUGUAUCAAACAAAUUGCACCAUUUUCUUGUAAUAAAUAACAAACAGUUUUCUCACGCGGAUGAACUUCGAUCAGUACAGUUCAGCAGCUGGUGCAUACGACGGAUUCGGUUGACGAAAAACGACUUCUAAUUUGCAUUUGGGUGGCCACAUGGACGUAACUGCUCGUCGGUAAAUGGGAACGUACAAUCGAUUGUGACGUCGCCGGGAAGACUUGGUGAAAAGGAUGCCAUAGAAUGGAACGAAUAUGGAGGCUGCUACAAGCGGCUUCCUUUCUCGUGCCGCUUCUACAAAACGCGUUGUCAGAGAAUUCAGACGUGUUUGAAAAUGGAAAAUCAGACAAGGAAAUCCUGGAUAAUUUGGUAAAUCCAAAUCGCUAUGACAAAAGACUGUUGCCACCAGUGGAUGAUCAAGACUUCUGCUGCGGGAUGAAAACUCCACAGGACGUGAGGGUAAUCCUUCCGUCGGCCAGCAAACAUCCCAUCCGGAAAGGACCUUUGUUGGUGAACGUUAGCGUGCUGCUACUCAGCCUGGCCUCGCCCGAUGAGUCAAGUCUGAAGUACGAGGUGGAGUUCCUGCUGCAGCAACAAUGGUACGACCCCCGUCUGCGGUACUCGAACCAGAGCCGGUACGACUUCCUGAACGCCAUACAUCACCACGGGGACAUCUGGGUACCGGACACGUAUUUCAUCAUGCACGGUGACUUCAAAGCGUCACUGAUACCGGUGCACUUCUCAUUGAGGAUCUACAGGAACGGCAGCGUGCACUACCUGAUGAGACGUCAUUUGAUUCUAUCUUGCCAGGGAAUACUGAACAUAUUUCCUUUCGACGAUCCGCAAUGCACGUUUUCGAUGGAAAGCAUAUCGUACGAAAUGUCGGCCAUUAAGUACGUGUGGAAGAACGACGAGAGCACUUUGAAGAAAUCGCCGUCCUUGAAAACGUUGAACGCGUACUUGGACCGCAAUCAUACGACUGAAUGUCCGUCUACCGGUAGUUGGAGAGGUAACUAUAGCUGCCUUCAAGUGGAUUUGAUUUUCACCAGAGACAGAGCGUUUUAUUUCACCACGGUUUUCAUACCGGGCAUAAUAUUAGUGACUUCGUCGUUCAUCACGUUCUUUCUUGAAUGGAAUGCAGUGCCGGCAAGAGUUAUGAUAGGUGUAACGACAAUGUUGAACUUUUUCACUACAUCGAACGGUUUCCGAAGCACUCUGCCCGUGGUGUCAAACUUGACGGCCAUGAACGUGUGGGACGGCGUGUGCAUGUGCUGCAUAUACGCCAGCCUGUUGGAGUUUGUGUUGGUCAACUACGUCGGCCGAAAGCGUUCGGACUGGCCGUUACCGAUCGGGUACCAGAACAAAGAUCAGGACUACAAGCAAAUAACGCAACGUUACUUAAAUCGACAAGAUGCGAAUCAGAUUAGUUAUGAGAGUUACGUGGAUAGCGAGAAGUGUACAAUAUACAGUGACAAGGCCCAAGGGGAAUGCUCCAGUUGUGGCCAAGGAGCGUGCACGCACUCAUUAUUACACAACACCUGCCCAACAAAAACAGAGGAGCAAAACAUCAGAAACAACGGUGGCGGCAACAAGCGCAAAAUGCCGCCCCACCCGAUACGGAUCGCCAAGACCAUAGACGUGAUCGCUCGCAUCACAUUUCCCACGGCGUACGCGGUGUUUCUGAUAUUCUUCUUCAUCCAUUACACCAGUCAUCCAAGCCACUGGACCCAGUAGUCACGAGAAGCUCAACGUUUACACACAUGUUAUAGCAAUACGAUUAAUAUAAUAAUAAUUACAACAUGAUAAAACCAAUAUUAAUCGCGGAACGACGGCCGUCGGACAAUACGAUGAUUUAUGUGUUAUAUUUAAUAUCUGUUUCUGAUGAACGCGUACAACUGUUAGCAAAACGCGUUUCGAACUCGUUUGCGAGACGGACGAUAUUACGUCCCAGACAUGAUCGUGGAGCUUAUCGCGGUCUACGCGGAAAAAAACGAAUCUCGUUCUGCGAUUUUUUUUUUUUUUUUUGUAAUUCGGAAACAAUUCGUCGAGUACACAACAUAAAAUAAAUCCCUUAUAGAAGUUAAAAUAAAAAAUUAAUAAAAAAAACUGUUCGCGUUACAGUUAGGUGAAGUACGCGCGCAAUAUAACAUAUUAAUGUAGGUUUCGAGGGAUGUGAUUCACAUUUCUCUGACUGUAAAUUAAUACAUCAACGUGUCAUAUAUAUUCAUAUAUGCAUAGUUAUAUAUUAUAUGCUAUUUUAUUAGUUCUGU